CACGCCUUCUCCUCAUCCUUCGUGAGACAACUCCUCGACGCUUUCUCUGUCUCUCCUGCAUGUUGCUGUACCGGACUGGACUCAAGAUCUACUGUGCUAGCUGUUUUGACCUCCUCGGGUAGCAAUUAGCCGCCUACAUAAGCAGCCGCUCUGACGCGUCAAGUCAACGAAGGUUCAGAUUCAACGCCCAGUGAUAGAGACCUCUGCUUCGUCUUACCAAUCUCUGGACUUGCCUGUCGGACGCGUACUGGGCCCUCUCUGUCAGACGUAUCUUGCAUCUCGGACGCGUACUGGGUCUAGCUCUCGCUUCCGCUGUAUAAAGGGGCGACGAUCUGCACGAAGAUGUCUCACAACACUUUGCGAUACCUACCCAUCCACUUCAGACCUGUACAGCACGCAGCCAAAUAGCAUGCCUACCCCCUCAGCUGCCCGCGCCUACAACGCCUCAGAGGCGCCCAAGAUCGACAAUCCCGUCGCGGUUUUCGUUGGCGGCACGAAUGGUAUAGGCCGCGCUAUGGCCUCCGCCUUCGCUCACCACACCAACGGACGCGCGCGCAUCGUCAUCAUCGGCAGAAGCCAAGAGGCCGCCGACUCCCUGCGCGCCUCCCUCCCCUCCCCCGCUCGCGAGCAGAUGGAAUUCAUCCCCUGCGACAUGCGCCUCAUGCGCAACGUCGCCGCCGCAGUGCGCGAGAUCGCCAGCCGCGGCAUCACCAAGAUCAAUUACCUCGUCAUGUCCUCGGGCGUCCUGCCCGCGGAGGGGCGGAAGGAGACGGACGAGGGCAUCGACGCAAAGCUUGCGAUCGUGUACUACGGGCGGUGGAAGUUCCUGUACGACCUGCAGCCGCAGCUCAAGGCGGCCCUCGCAGCCGGCGAGCCCGCAAAGGUCAUCUCCGUGCAGGCCGCGGGCGGCGGCGCACCUAUCGACGUCGACGACCUCGGGCUGAAGAAGAAGUACGGGCUGAUUCACACCGCGCAGACGCACGCGACGUACAACGACCUGAUGGUUGUCAAAUUCGCGGAGCUCCAUCCCGAGAUGACCUUCGUGCACUCGUAUCCGGGCGUUGUGCGCACAAGCAUUUUGGCGAAUGCACCGUCGCUCGCGCUGAAGGCGCUCUACUACGUGUUGUACCCGUUCAUGACGCUCAUCGGGCACUCGGCGGAGGACUGCGCGGAGCUGAUGUGGUAUGCGCUUUACCACAGCGGGCCAGGGGUCGAGAGAAUUAACCCGGAGGGCGAGAGCAUCGGGAUGACGAAUUACUUUGGGGACGAGGAGAGCAAGGAGCGCCUUUGGGAGCACACCCUGGAGGCGACGCGGUCGAAGUGAGGCGCAGAGCUGUACUGUUAAUUUACGAUAGCUGUGUAUUAGGAUACGCUUGGCAAGGACUCUGGAUCUCUUUUUCUGCGAGUGAGACUCGUUCAAGACGUGUUUCCGGC